CGGUCUCGUAGUUGUCCCCGUUGGCCAGGGCGUCCACCUCGGCGCUGUGCACCCCCACCUGCUGGAACUGGUGCAGCCCCCCCGCAUGGUCGAAGUGGGCGUGGGUGGCCACGGCCAGCAGCGGGUUCUUCCUCUGCGGGUCUUUGCCCAGCAGCCCCUGGGAGUCGAUGUAGUCGGGCAGGCUCCUCAAGCCCAGCCCCGUGUCGAUCACCACGUCCUGGUGCGUGCCGCGCAAGAGCCAGAUGUUGGCCCGGUUGUCGGACUGGUAGAACCGCUCCUGGAUCCAGAACAGUCCGUCUCCGAGCGACUUGUGAGCGUACCAGUCUGCUGCAGACAUCCCCGGACAUGCGCUUGUCGAGGUACAGGACAGUCCUGCUGCCAUGGCGGGCAGGGGCCGUGGGGUGGCCUCCUUCACCUUCAACAUCGAUGCUCUGGGCAUCGGCAGAGGGAGCAUGCCAGAAGCCAGGGUGGGGCCCACUCCUCUGUUUCCAAAUACUGAAUUUAAACCAGUUCCCUUAAAAGCUGGCGAAGAUGAAGAGUACAUGCUGGCUUUAAAACAGGAGAUGAGGGGAACAAUGCAGAGGCUACCACACAACAUCAAGAUUCAGUCCAGGAAAGCAGACGUGGAGAAAUACACAGAGAGAUAUCUGAAGCAACGCCAGAUUGAGGAUGAGGAAUGGACUCCAGACUGGAACCUCUUUCCAAAAGAACUGAGACCCCAGCGUAAAAAGCCUCGAGUUAAAACAGACCCAAAGAAGAAAAUUGUGAAGACAUCUCAGAAAGAUAAAGCGGAUGUGCUGAACAAACUGGAUGAACUUGCCAAAAAAGAUGAUGGGAACCCUGAAAAAUCAGAUGAUGAGACUGUGAAGAAAAAAGGGGAGGAGGAGGAGGAGGAAGAAAUUGAGGGGGAAGAAUUGGAUGAAGAGGAUGUUGAAGAGGAUAAUGAUUACAUUGAAAGCUACUUUGACAACGGUGAAGAAUUUGGUGCCCACAGUGACGACAACAUGGAUGGUGAAGCGACGUACUGAAGCAAUACGGCCCAAACAUGCACCGUUUAACAAUCAUGUGAAAGUUUACACUCGUUUAUUAUCAGUUAUGUUGGGAACAUUGCUUGGCAAUGAUGAUUUGCAUUAUUUUGUGGAGAUUUUUGAGACAUUUUCUUUAAAUACUGUAAAUAAUAAAUGCCUAAAUAUGAGCAGAAUUCAGAAAAAGGAUUUAUUCAAAAUAGAUUUAUUUAUUCUCCAGCCUGCAGCACAUUUCCACAGGUUGAAAGGCACAUACUGUCAACAAUACAUGAUGCCCUGUCUUAAAAUGUCAAGGAAACACUGUGAUAAAAUAAAAGGGCUAUAUAAAGUCUAAAAGUUCACACAAUUACAGCUAUGUCAUGUAGGAAUACUGUGCAUUUCCCAUGUCCCUAACAUGCUUUAUUUUUUAAAAGGAAGAAUGCAAUUUUCUCAAAGCCUAGCUAACAACACAGGUUCAAAUGCUUUAAUAGAAUGUAGGAACUUAAUUUAACUGGCAAAUGAAUACUGAUGGUGUAAGUAAAGGCAAACUCUCAUUUUUGAAUAAACUAUAAAUAAACACAGUGGUAUCAGUCCUACUUUUGCAAUAGUGUAUGUUGUUCUUGUCCCAACUGUAGUUUACCAAAAACAAAAAACCUUUUCACCUCACUGUUUAACAUAUCCGACCAUAAAUAAAUACUUUAAUACUUUCUGGA